AUGCGAUUGCUAAUUCUCAACCUAUUUUUUGUUGUCUGGGGAGUUUGUGCUCAGAGCAGCACAAAUUCAGCCAUCGUCACAUCGUCCACUACGGCGGCGCCAAUCAAACCAGCCACCUAUAUGCUUGUCGCUCCGGCAGUGGUCCGUCCCAAUCAACCGUACUCAGUUUGUAUGAAUCUUCUGAAGCCGCCGACUGACGAGGAUAUGAUCGUUCGGAUUGAAGUUCGAACCGAGCAAAACGAGACGAUUGCGGCGAGAGUGAUGAGCAAUCUGAAACCAGGAGUUGCUCAGACUGUAAGCCUUUCCGAGAUGCCCGCUCAGUCAUUGACACCGGGACAGGGGUAUAAGCUCUACAUUCGUGGUGAGACGCUCAACUCGGAAGUGCUCUUUGAAAACGAGAAAGAGCUGAAAUACGAUCAAAAAGCGCUCUCUGUCUUCAUCCAAACCGAUCGAGCGAUUUAUCGACCGGCUUCUCUCGUCAGAUACAGAGCAAUCGUUGUCAAAUCAGAUCUAAAACCAUACGUCGGAAAUGCUACCAUCAAAAUUUUCGAUCCAAGCAGAAAUUUGAUCUCUCAAACUAUUGGAGUGUCAUUGGAUAGGGGUGUCUACAGUUCCGAACUACAACUCGCUGAAGAAACCCUUCUGGGAGACUGGACGAUUGAAGUGGAGACGUCGAAUGGGGUUCAGGACAAGUCUUCGUUUACUGUAGACACUUAUGUUUUGCCCAAAUUUGAAGUUAACAUCAAAACGUCCUCUUUCAUCACUAUCAACGAUGAUUUGUCCGUUUUUGUGGAUGCUAAAUACACUUACGGAAAAGGAGUCGCCGGAAAAGCCAAAGUCUCACUGGAACUUCCAUGGCACAGAUGGCACGCUAUGGUACCAGUGGCCAUUGAUGAGAGUGGAAAGACAACGAAAGAAGAAGAGUUGAUGGUGGAGAGAACGGUGAAGUUGAACCGGCAAGGAGAGGCGGCGGUAGUGUUUUCGAAUGAUGAGCUGAAAAGGCACAAAUUGUUGCAUGAAUGGGGAGGAGGCUCAAUCCGAAUCGUCGCCUCUGUCACCGAAGACAUCACCGAAAUCGAGCGAAACGCCACCCAUCAAAUCUCAACAUUCCGGGAAGAAGUCAAAUUGGACGUCGAGAAACAAGGAGACACCUUCAAGCCAGGACUCACUUAUAACGUCGUAGUAGCAUUGAAACAAAUGGAUGAUACUCCUGUCAAGGCAACACUUCCCAAAAGGGUUCAGGUCUCCACAUUCUACAACUAUCCAUACAAUCAUGACACUUCGAGUCUUCAAGAAGAAAAAGAGACCAAGAUUGUGGAAGUCGAUGCUCAUGGAACAAGUGUGCUCACUCUUCAACCUCCAAUCAAUUGCACGUCGGCUAGAAUCGAAGCACAUUAUGAUAUAGGAGGAAAGGAUAACUUCACGGCUACACCAAUCUAUGCAUCUCUUUAUGUUGAAGCUGCUGUCAGCCCUACGAAGAGCUUCUUGCAGUUGUUGGCUGAUAAUGAGGGAGCUGUGGAUGUUGGAAAGAGCUUGAGCUUCUCGUUGAAGGCAACACAACCAUUAUCGACCAUUACUUAUCAGGUCAUGUCCCGAUCCAACAUUGUGGUCUCCCAACAAAUGGCAGUGAAUGCAGAGCAUGCUACAAUCAGCUUCCAAGCGACGGCUAAUAUGGCUCCAAAAUCGCGUCUCAUCGUCUACGCAAUCAUCGAAAACUCUCAAGAAGUCCUUGUCGAUGCAUUGGACUUCAAAGUCGAGGGAAUCUUCCAGAACCAAGUGUCUUUGUCCAUAGACAAGCAAGCUGUCGAGCCAGGACAAAAUGUGAAAUUCAAAGUGACAUCUGAUAAGAACUCAUUUGUUGGGCUACUCGUAGUAGAUCAAAGUGUGCUUCUAUUGAAGACAGGAAAUGAUAUAACGAGAGAAAAGGUGGAGGCGGAUUUGGAGAACUAUGAUUCCAACAACGUUGGAUUCGGAGGUGGCAGACCUUGGGAAGCAAUUGACAGAAAGAAAAGAUCGAUUUGGAGACCGUGGUGGGGUAUUGGAGGGUCUGAUGCCCAAAGUAUCUUCACUAACGCUGGACUCGUCGUUCUGACUGAUGCUCUUCUAUACCGUGAGCCGGCACGUGAGUUCUUCCCUGGUAAGUUUAUGAGACGAGGAAAAGAAAUGGAAAGAAGAGUAUUUCUACCUGGUGCUCCUUCAGUUAUGAUGAUGGAUAGCAAUCCAGUGAUGGCUGAAGCUGCAUUUGCACCAGCGCCAAUGGGUGGAUCAGCACCACCACCGCCGACCGUCCGGAAGUUCUUCCCACACACUUGGAUUUGGUCGGAUUUAAACUCAACUAGCGGAGAAGUAGAAAUGGAAGUCCAAGCACCAGACACCAUUACAUCUUGGGUCGCCUCAACAUUCGCAAUCAAUGAGGAGAAUGGAUUAGGAGUCUCGCCAACGUCUUCAAAGCUUCGAGUAUUCCGACCAUUCUUCAUUCAAUUAAAUCUACCGUAUGCCGUUCGACGCGGAGAGAAGUUCGCUCUUUUGGUCCUGGUUUUCAAUUAUAUGGAGAAGGAACAGGAUGUCACCGUCACUCUAAAAUACGACCAAGACUCGGGAUACGACCUGCUCAAAAAGGACGGAACCACCGUGAAACGCGACGAAGUUGGCCAACAAAACGUACGAGUAGUUUCUGUAGCCGGUGGAGGAACCUCUAAAGCAGUCUACUUCCCAAUAGUUCCAUCAUCCAUCGGAGAGAUUCCAGUUCACAUCAGUGCGAUAGCAUCACAAGGAGGAGACGCAGUUGAGAUGAAUCUACGAGUGGAUCCUCAAGGAUAUCGAGUCGAUCGGAAUAUUCCAUUCGUGAUCGAUAUGAACAAUAACUCUUCGGAUUUCUCAAAAACUAUUGAAUUGAUUUGGCCAAAUGACGUUGUCGAUGGAUCACAAAAAGCGAGAAUCGAUGUGAUUGGAGAUAUGAUGGGUCCAGUACUCAACAAUGCACACAAGCUGGUACAGAUGCCUUAUGGAUGUGGAGAACAGAAUAUGUUGAACUUAGUGCCCAAUAUUUUGGUUGUCAAGUAUCGAGGGCUACCAAUAGGAAUGAGACACAGUUGGAAGCGAAGACGCGUCGACAACUCAUUCUCCGCAUUCGGUGACAGCGACAAAGCUGGCUCCACCUGGCUCACCGCAUUCGUCGUCCGAUCCUUCCACCACGCGAAACAAUACGCAUUCGUAGACCCCAACGUCAUCUCCAGAGCAGUUGCCUUCUUGAAUUCCCAACAAAUGGAAUCAGGAGCAUUCGCUGAGAGAGGAGAAGUCCAUCAUAAGGAUAUGCAGGGUGGAGCACAGGAUGGAGGAGUUGCUCUCACUGCAUUCGUGCUCAUUUCGAUUCUGGAAAACGGAAUGGAGAAUGGAAAAGCGGUUGCGUAUUUAGAGAAACAUUUAGAUGAGAUUUCUGGAAAUGCGUAUACUAUGAGUGUUGUUGCCUACGCACUACAGUUGGCUAAGAGCAAACAGGCUGGAAAGGCGUUCGAGAUGUUAAAGAAGCAUAAGGUGGUUGAGAAGAGUGGAGAUGUCAAGUUUGCAAGUGCUUCUAAGAAGACGGAGAAACCAAAGGAAGCGAGAGCUUACUUGUUCCAGGCCCGCCCAGUGGACAUUGAGACAACCUCCUACGCAGUGCUCUCCUAUCUCUCCCAAAAUCAAACUUCCGAAGCUCUAUCAAUCAUCCGCUGGCUAGUUUCCCAGCGUAACGAACUCGGAGGAUUCACAUCGACUCAGGAUACUGUAAUGGCUCUCCAAGCACUCUCUGCCUAUGCCGCAGUCACUUAUUCGGAUCGACACUCCAGCCAAUUAACAAUCCAAAACGGAAAACACUCUCACUCAUUCGAUGUGAACACACGCAAUGCAAUUGUGCUCCAAUCGUACCAACUGAGCGCUUUGAAUGAUUUGGUGUCGAUUCAAGCGAAUGGAACUGGUGUUGUGUUUGCACAAUUGUCGUAUUCGUAUUAUAGAGAUUCACUCAAUGACGAUGCUCCAUUCUUCUGCUCUCAGGAGAUUAAGGAAAUGAGAGCUGGAAAUAGGUUGCAGUUGGAUUUGUGUUGCAACUACACUCGCCCUGGAAAGUCCAACAUGGCACUGGCUGAAAUCGACGCUUUGAGUGGAUAUCGAUUUGAUGCUGAACAAGUGCACACACUGACUGGAAUCGAAGAUUUACAAAGAGUUGAAAUGGAGAAGGAGGACACCAAGAUGAAUGUUUACUUCAAUCCACUCGGUGGAAAACCAGUUUGCCUGUCGUUGUACUCAGAUGUCAGCUACCAAGUGGCGGAUCAGAAACCAGCAAAUUUUAGAUUAGUGGACUAUUAUGAUCCAGAGGAGCAGGUGAGAGGGAAUACAAAGACUACGAAAACUCUAAAAAUGACCUAUUCGGCGAAACAAACAAGAUCCCUCCAAGAGAAAUGUGGCGACGACUGUUGGCCACCAAUGUCACCGUCGUUGCCGCCUUCAGAUGAAUCUACUGUAACAGGCACGUCUUCAGAAAAGCCCAUGUGGCAUUUGACUGCUCUUACUACUGCUGUGAUGAUGCUUCGAUUACUCGCAUGA